AUGGAUUGUCUCUCAUUCUUGCUCGUCGGAUCAACAGAUUCUAGCCCAACAAAAUCGUGUUGUGUUGGAAUCAAAUCUGUUGUUGAUUAUAACCCACAAUGUCUUUGCUAUGGAAUCGAAAGCAGUGAAGCAAUGGGAUUUGCUCUUGAUAACACCAAAGCCUUUGCCAUGCCUUCUAUUUGCAGUGUUUCUGUUGAUCCUCAUUGUGAGGUAGCUAGUUCGGCUGCAUCAACACCGGUUGCUUCUCCGGCGGCAGCACCACCUUCAACUUCACCAUCUUCCAAAAAGUCACCGGCGACUACCCCUUCAUUACCAACGGUGAACCCUUCAUCACCAACUGUUACCAAGCCACCAGUGGCCACUGCUUCCUCACCGGCGGCAACAUUAUCACCGGCUGUUACCGCUUCUUCUCCAGCUCCCUCACCGUCUAAAUCUAGUUCCGGGAAUUUAUCGGCAUCCAAACUCUUUCUAGCAGCCAUAAUAGUUUCUUCUUUUGCUCACGUUUUAGCUUAG